UCUUGCUUUCAUAAUUAUGACAACUUACAAACCUCUGAAGGAAAAAAAAGGAUCAAAAUCUACCAAUCAAAACCCAAAGUCGUGACCUUUUGAAGCCAUUGAGGUACAUGUUACCUCUGUUUCCUGAGAUGAUUGAUGGUAGCAAAAUGCAAAACCUUUGAUCGGGCAGAAUUCAUGUCUUAUUAAACAGUGCAGUAAAUAAAAUAAUUACCAUGCUCUUCCAGAUACUCAUUUUCCUUUGCGUACAUCUAAACAGGUGACAAAAGUUGAAGAACCAUCUAAGUAUGGUGUGGUAGUCUUUGAUUCAAACACAGGCCGAAUUGAAAAAUUUGUGGAAAAGCCUCAAGUCUAUGUGUCAAACAAAAUAAAUGCUGGCCUGUACAUAUUUAAUCCAAAGAUGUUAGCAAGAAUUGAGCUCAGACCGACAUCAAUUGAAAAGGAAAUAUUUCCACGAAUGGCUCAGGAUGAUGAUCUAUUUGCAUACAACCUUUCAGGUUUUUGGAUGGAUGUUGGCCAACCAAAGGACUUCCUCACUGGAAUGGGAAUGUUUCUUCAUCACCUGAGAGAAAAACAUCCAGAACUUCUGUACGAGGGACCAGGAAUUAUAGGGAAUGUGUUGGUGGUGAGUGCUGCAAACCAGUAGUUUCAACCACUUCUGAGAUUUCUUGCACCCCUCCCCCACCCAUGGGCAUCUGCCUCCAUCAUGGGAACCCUCUCCCCCAUCAUGGGCACCCCCUCCCCCAUC